UGCUGCUGUUUUGCGAGCGAGCUGAAAUCAUGGCCGCGGAUCUGGAYAGACUGGCCUCUUUCGAAGAGGCCUUUUACGACCAGUACGAUUAYUACAACCUGCAAGAGUACCCGUGCCACGCCGGUGGCAAAGGCCGGUCCAAGAGGGAGAUGGAGCUGAACACGAACCGACACAGCCCCGCCGGACACGAGAGGAAGAUAGCCGAGAAGUUUCACAACAGCCAAAUGAAGCGCAGGAGAACCAAGAGCUCGUCGUUGUGAGGAGCCAGUUUACGG